GCGAGGGGGCGCUGUCAUGACUCUGCCUGCGCAGCUCAAUGGGCGACGCCGGCAGGAUUCUGGCCCGGCCCCUCUCCCGUUCCCGGCUGCUGCUCUGAGAUCAGGGCCAUGUAGACCUCAGCCGCGGCAGCUACCAACUGGAAAGACUUGCAGGCCGGUGCCAGCGCCUGGAGCGCCUGCUCCAGGUGCCGGGUGGCCGCAGCCAGGGCGUUCCUAGCACGACGCCCCGUGAGGACAUCGGGCAGGUAGUCGCCGAGACUUUGCACCGUGCCGGUCCCAGAGACGGGGCCAUUCUCGGGGGGCUCUGCAGCCAUUUCCCCAGUUGGGCCCCCAGGGGUGGCACAAGCGGAAACAGCCCUGGCGAUCUCCUCGCUGCUCCGGAGCAGGGCGUCCAUCGGCAGGCGCAGCACCGGGGAGGCCUCCGCCUCCCGCAGAGCCGCCUCCAGCCGCUCGGGGAGGCCGGCGUUCUGCAGCAGCACGGCCACCACGGGGCCACCCACGCUGCCGAAGAUCCCCAUGGUGGCCUGGUGGAAGUCCCGGACGAUGGCCCCCUUCUCCUGCAGCGGGGUGUGGGGGGAGGCCAUGCGGGCGUACAGGUCCCGGCUGGCGUUCUUCCGCACGUGUCUGUCCGUCUGCUCCGCCGCGGCGUGCAUCUCCCGCGCUGCCCGCAACAUGCGCUCCAGGUUCUCCCCCACGCCGACGCUGCCCCCCACCGGUUCCAGGGACACGCUGGUGUCAAGGUGCUGGUUGAGGAGGCCGAGCAGCGCCUGGGUGGCCGAGAUGCAUCCUUCCAGGGAGUCGAGCAGGGACUGGCUGGCGCGCACGAGCCUCUCUCUUUCGCUCUGUGUGCCGGAGAACAGGGAGAGCAUCGCGAGGCUGGGAAACAAAGCGGAGAGCACAGCUUUCCCGAGAAUGUCCUGGAGCGAUAUCCUGUACCCAGACAACCCGGUGAGGCGGGAGAGGGUGGCGCGGUUACACCAGGAGCUGAUCAACUGCAUAGAGCUCAAUUUUGAUACCACCAAUGAGCUGAUUGAAGCCUUAAACACACACUGUCAGUUCAAGUUGCACCCCGUUAAGAUGAACAUGAACGGCACCAUCCGGGAGAACUGCGACAUGCUCCUCGCAGCCAUAAAGUCCAUCCAAGACAUUCUGCAGGCCAUCGAUGCAAAGCUGAAGAGCAACCUGGAGCCAGAUCUCUACCGAAAGCUUCACGAUUUCCAGGAGCCUGAUGCCACGAAGAUGCGGAUUCUGCGCAAUGUGGCCACAUUUGUGAGUGGCCUCGCUGGGACCGUGGCCAUGGGGUUCUUCAUCAAGCUGGCGUUAUCGCAGGUGGUAAGCAGAGUCCUGAGCCAAACAACCAUGGUCUUGGCCAAGAUUGGUGCCUCCGUGAUUGGCGCCGUGGCUGGCAUGUUACUGGGCGUGGGUGUCGACUUGAUUAUCAGCGCGAUCCUGGGCGCCAUAGAGAGAGACCAACUGGAGGCAAAGAUUCAGGAGCUCAGUGAGCUGGUGAGUGAGUUCAAGCCAGCCUCCAAGGAGUAUAACAAAGCCAUCAUGAAGAUCAGCUGCAUGCUGCCAUAGGCGGAGGAGAAUCACCUGCUCAGAGGACUCCAGACCAAGCUGCAAGUUACCAUUACUUGUGAAAAUAAGGCAGUGGGGAUCAGAUCUCAUCUACCAUGACUUAGCCCAACGCCAUUAAAGCCAGCACAAUAAAUGAUAUCUAGCUCUUACACAGCACGUUUCAUCAGCAGA